CAACAAUAAAGCAGACGAUGCGGCCGUGAUUCAUCAAAUUAACUCCCGUUGCAGUUGGAGCUCGGAUUCCACUCCCUUCGUUCGUCGCCUGGGAGAGGAAUAUGCCCAGUCCAAAGCCACUUCUGUUAGCUCCAAGACUUACCCGAAGCAGGAAUUACAGUUACGGCCCAGAACCCCCAACAGAUGAGGGGGCAAACAGUCGGACAGCAGGUCGAUACAAGAGAGACGAAUCUACGUGCUCUCCCUAUCAGUAUAAAGGCUAUGGUUCCGGACGCUACAAUCUGAGGCACAGAGGAUGGAGGAACGCUAGGCAGAACACCAUCGGUGGAAGUUCAUGUUCUACGUCCAGCUCCAAUGCACGAGGACGGAACAGCGCUGGCAGCAAUAGUGAGGCAACCCCUCGUGAGAAUAUUACCCCGGAGAGUCCAAGCAAUCAACAGUGGACGCCACGGAAAGAUGGACAUUACCUCCCGCAAAUGAAAUACCUUGCAGGGGAAGUGAGAAAUUGGAAAUAUUGGUACGAACUGAAGAGCGUCAAAACCGAAGUUCGUAAUACUCUGCCAACAAAAACAGUCAUAGAACAAGAACGAGAACGCGACAGAAUUAAAGAAGCUUUAAGAGUGGCGCAGAUGGAGAGAAUGGUCGUGAGAAGAACACGGAACACCACACCCCGUGAGCAGAGUGACACUGUCGCCGUUCCCCAUGACAAUCUUACGUCGGAGAAACAGAACACGGCGACCUCCACCCGGCUUGCAGUUUUACAACGAAAACCAGCGCCAAGCAAAAAUGAGCUCUCCAGCUUUGGAACCUUUACUCUGUGGAGUUGCUGACGACCCACAGAUAUUAAUAGAGGCGGAUCUCUACCGCAUUAUACAGAAGUAGUUGUUUUUCCUUGCUUUGUUUUCAAAUAAGGCAAAGUGCGCUAUGCGGGACGACUAAUAAUAAAAUCCUGCUAAAUGGGGGCGGGUGCAUGUCAUGAUAUUUUUCACACGAGGAAGAGGUUAAAAUUUGCAUAAUUUUUAUUACCAAGAAAAAAACAACUAAGUGAAAUUAAGCAUGUAAUGCAAGAUGAUAUUUUCACAUUGAUUAACUCUUGGUUUGAAAGCUUCGUCAAACAAAGCAAAAAAGAAAACUCGCAUCAGGGCCCAAUCAAUAAUUAUUUGUGCAACGAAUAAACAGUGAAAACAUCCGAAGUGAGUAUUUCCCUAUGGUAAUAUUUACUUCAACCUUUAGGUCACAGAGAGAAAAUCGAUUGCGUUUUCUUGCUCAUAAACAGGCAGCUGUGCGUUGGUCAGCAAAAAAUUAACGGAGCGUGCCAAAUAUACGGUUCAUCACAUUGCAUCAGUGUUGUAUAUUAUAAGCAAUUGCUUCUCUGGUUGCUCUGUGGGGGUGAUAUUCUUAUUUUGUUUUUGAUUAUAUUUAUGUGAAAUGUGCGAUUGUUGUUCUUGGUCAUUAGCUAAAUGCACCGCGGUGACCAGUUUUCGUGCGUCAAGUGUGCCAUUUAAUACCCACAGUUCAAGAAGAUCACCCUGAAACCGAUUCCACUGCUUCGCUUUUCUAUGCAUUGUACUGGUACUGUUAUGUUGACAAACACAGUGUCAUUAUUUUCUUUUCGUUGGAAAAAUCAGCGAUUGUUAUUUUUGGUCAUUAACCUACACCUGUGCUUUGACCAUAACAGGUGAACGCCGCGUGCACCAGUGAAGGCAGGUUAGGCCCUUUAUACAAGUAGCAUAGGAAGGCUGUUUCACGCUGCCAUGAAAUGCUCAAUGAUUAUAUUACUUGAAAACAGUUCCAUAUUAUUUUUGUUUUGACACUCAAUCCUGUCUAGUCUUACAUUGAAUUUGUACGUUGCUUGUCUGUUUUAUAUCAACAACAAUUUUGUUAUUCUGGGGCUCAUUCCUAUUGGCACUAUCGGUCUGCGUGAAUCGAUCCAACUCCCCGGGGACUCUCGC